AUUAUUUUGGGGUGCUAUUGUAUCAUAAUAUAUCGCUAUGAAACAGAACCGAAGACCAUGCAUGUUAUUUAUUGGAAAUAUUUAUUUAAUAUAGCUACGUAAUUUAUAUCCCUAUUAUAUUAUUUAAGCAUAGUUUUGAAACACAUGUCCACGUGUUCAUUGACAGCUCGGCAUCUGCCUGCGUCAGAUGAGCAUAUAUAUACAUACGUAUGUAUGUUGUAUAAAUGCAGGGAUAGAAUAAUUCGCAUUGUCAAUGGAUCCCGAUAAUUACGCAGUGGAUUUAAUACGUCAAGACAUCGUCAAAUAUCAGCUUCAAGUGAACGCUUUAAUACAAGAUAUACAGCAAUGCAAUGGGCCACUGGAAGACCUGGACGAACUCAAUGCGGAAGGCAGAGCAAAGAUAGCAGCCUUAAAAUUCUCCAUAGAGCAUUUGGCAUCUAUCGCUGAAACCGAGACGGAUCAGAAGAAGAAGGUCGAGCUGUUGUCCGCUGUGGAGAGCUACAAGGAGCAGCUGACUACUUCCCUGGCAGCCUUCCGCAAAGCCAAUGUUGUCAGUGCUUGUGUCAUUGACAAACUGGCAAGGGAGAAUCUGUUUUCCAUACCAGAGGAGCGACAAAACGCUCUUCGUAAACGGCAUGACAAGCAGAGUUUAACGAAUGCAUCCAGCCAAGUAACAGACAAGUUGCUUAGCAUCUCCAGGCAUUUAGCUGAAACAACUCAAAGAAGCGCCGACACACUGGAUACUCUACUAACAUCUUCGGACAAGGUUGGCAACACUAAGGAUGAAUUGGAGCAUCAGCAACAAGCUAUAGUACAAUCAGGGAAAUUGUUAGGCAAAUACGGUAGACGAGAAGUAACUGAUAAAGCACUGCUUGCAUUGGCAUUUGCCUUUUUUCUCGCCUGUGUAUUUUACAUUCUACAAAAAAGAUUGUUCUGAGUAUGUAUAAAAUUUAAGAUGAUAUCAAACUGUUUACAUAAUGCAAAUAUAAAUUUAUGUACUAUAAGGUAUUAGGGAAAUACAAAUAAUGUGAUAUAUGUACUCUUCAAGAGUGAAAAGGGAUAAAGGAUGGACUUUUGUAAAUAUUUUAAUAAUCAAGUAUAAGUUAUUUAUUAAUCUCUUAAGAUUAUUUUCAUUCCAUCACCAGAUAUUGUUAAAUAAAAACAACUGGUUGUACAUAACAGCAUCCUGUAAAAAAUAGAAUUUUCAUAAAAUCUCUAGGUAAACUUAAGAAGUAGUUUAAAUUUUGAUAACUUUCAGUCAUAAUGUAUACCCAACCUUAAAUAGGACUUUCUAGUGCUAAGUA